AUGGUGAAACCGGAGGUGCUAUCAACAAUCGCCGCACUUUCCUUUUUCAUUGUAGGAUACGAUUUUGCGACGAAUCGGUACGGGUGGACGCUGCUGGCGGAGAACACGGGGGCGGUGGACAUCCACCUUACCAUAAUGGUGGUGGUACAACAUUGCGCCGCCAUCGUGAGCGCGGCGGCGGCGGGUAUGGGGGCCGAUUUUUUCGGCCGGAAGUACCCUCUUGUGGCGGCCGGGGCGCUGUUCCUCGUCGGCAACGUGUUCAAGUGCGGCGCGACGUCGUCGUACGGCCUUCUGGUGGCCGGUCAGCUGUUCGUGGGCCUGGGCGCCGGAGUCGCGCUUACGGUCGCUCCCUUGUACAUCGCCGAGCAGGCUCCGGCGGCCCGUCGGGGACAGUACACGUCACUGCCGGAGAUGUGGCGGAACAUCGGAGUUCUAGUGGGCUACUUGAUGAUCCACAACAAACUCGCACCGUUGUCGGACCACAUCGCACAGAGGUGGAUGUUCGCGAUUCCCAUCGUGCCAUCCAUUCUGCUGACGAUAGGAAUGGUGUUGAUGCCGGAAUCCCCGCACUGGCUCAUCAUAGCCAGGAUGAGGGUCGAUGAGGCGAAGCAGAUCAUGGAAAGCGGCGAGAAAAGCGAGGAGGAGAUCGACCGCAUAGCGUUUCAGAUGGAGUACCUGGCGGACCACAUACCUUCGCUUCGCUUCAUGUGGAAGGACUUGGUGCGACCUCCUCUGCGCCGCCUCACCAUCUCCGUCGCGCUUGUACAUGCGUUUCGAUACCUCGGCGUGGAAUCCUACCUUAAGCUGGAGACUUUGGUGACUUUGUACAAAGUCGAGGAGAAGCUGCUAACGAAAGCGAACGGAGCGGUUCUGCUAGCAAAGGCAAUCUGUGCCAUGGUCUCUGGUCGCUUGUCAGACAUUACCGGGAGACCGUUCUUGCUUCUGGCCAGCACUGAAGUCACCGUUUUGUCUCUGCUCGUGUUUGGGUUCCCGUUGAUCAACUUCCACAAUGGCUCCCCUCACAAAGUCUAUGCUGGCAGCACCAAAGUCCUUAGCCUGGUGGCCUUCGGCGGGAUCAUGGGCUCUUUCGAGUUCGGGUUGGGGCCCAUGACGUGGGUCUACACGACGGAGGCUUUCCUAUACCGAGCCCGUGCACAAGGAGUUAGCUUCGGAGUUGUCGUUGGCCAGAUCAUCGAAGUAAUGAUGUUCGUGGUUUUAGGCUAUUUGUUUGAGCUGCUUGGCAUCGGUGGCGUGUAUGUUUUGCUUGCUGGCGUAAUGGCUGUUGGAGUCGUGUUGUGUUGGCGGUUUGUUAAGGACAGAGUCGGGGAUAUUCUUGUGUGA